UCUCUCAGCGUGAGCUCAAACUUUUCUGCUCAGAGUCGCUGCGCCCGGAAUGGCGAUGACAGCGCGCACUUUCAGCGGCUCUAGCGAGGGACUGACAAGAAGUUCAUUCUGAAACAUGAGAAAAUAAAUCUGAUUGCAAUAAACAGACAAGGAGGGAGACUCGAGGCAGAAUGCGGUUCGUGGUGCUGAAACCGCUGUGUUUCCUCGCGCUGCUUGGCUACUGCCCAUCCGUGACCAUCAGGCCAAAGGAAGGUUGGCAGGUGUACAGUUCAGCGCAGGAUGCGGAUGGUCGCUGCAUCUGUACAGUGGUGGCACCAGAACAGAGUUUGUGCUCCAGAGACGCCAGGAGCAGUCAGCUCCGGCAGUUACUCGAGAAGAUUCAGAACAUGUCGCAAUCAAUAGAAGUUCUGAACCUGCGCACCCAAAGGGACUUCCAGUAUGUCAUGAAAAUGGAGAGCCAGAUGAAAGGACUCCGAUCAAAGUUCAGACAAAUUGAGUCAAACCGAAGAACGUUAUUGACUAAAAACUUUCAGGAGCUGAAGGGGAAGAUGGAUGAACUACAGCCACUGAUUCCAGUGCUAGAGCAGUAUAAGACUGAUGCCACACUCAUUUCCCAGUUCAAAGAGGAGAUCAGGAACCUGUCUCUGGUGCUGACUGCUAUCCAGGAGGAGAUAGGAGCAUUUGACUAUGAAGAACUGCAGCAGAGAGUUCUUGGCUUAGAGGGAAGACUGAGGAACUGUAUGAACAAACUGACCUGUGGUAAGCUGAUGAAAAUCACAGGGCCCAUCACUGUAAAGACAUCAGGAACAAGGUUUGGAGCAUGGAUGACAGACCCUCAGGCUUCACCAAAGAACACCAAGGUUUGGUACAUGGACAGCUAUACAAACAACAAGAUCGUCCGUGAGUACAAAUCGAUAAGUGACUUUGUUGCUGGGGUUGAGUCAAGAACCUACAAUCUUCCGUUCCACUGGGCAGGCACUAACCAUGUGGUUUACAAUGGCUCACUAUACUACAACAAGUACCAGAGCAACAUUAUCGUCAGAUACUGCUUUGAAAGUGGCCGGAUCACGACACAACGAGCACUUGAGUCUGCUGGCUUCCACAACGUCUACCCCUACACCUGGGGCGGAUUUUCCGACAUUGACCUGAUGGCUGAUGAGCUUGGUCUGUGGGCUAUAUAUGCCACCAAUCAGAACGCAGGGAACAUAGUGAUCAGUCAGCUAGAUCCUCUGACCAUCCAGGUCCUGAACUCUUGGAACACGGAAUACUCCAAACGGAAUGCAGGUGAGUCCUUCAUGAUCUGUGGAACGCUAUACAUCACUAACUCCCAUCUGACUGGGGCUAAGGUAUACUACUCCUAUUCCACCAAAACUUCUACCUAUGAGUAUACUGACAUCCCCAUUCAUAACCAGUACUUUCAUAUGUCCAUGCUGGAUUACAAUGCCAGGGAUCGUGCACUUUAUGGCUGGAACAAUGGCCACCAGGUAUUGUUCAACGUCACGUUGUUCCACAUUAUUAAAACUGAUGAUGAGUCCUGAGGGAUUUACGGCGAAGUGAGAGUAGCACUUUCUGGAGAGCUUUGCUGACACUAUUCUGUAAUUACUGUGGUCCUGCUGUGAUAUGUUUUGUAUAUUUCAAUCUAAAGAUGAGUAUUAUGUGCUUAGUUUGAGAUUACAUUUCGCAGAAUGUGCAGCAUUUCUCACUACUGUUAGUGAUUAAAUUCAAAGCCGUACUCAUAACAAGGACAAUACUGAACUUUUUAUGCUCUAUUUAAAUGUUGUGUGUACAACUUUCAAUUUGGGAAAAGAUGUAGAGCAGAAUUUAACAAAGUUAUCACUGGAAAAAGAGAAACAUUAAACGAAAAUAUCUAUAUAUUAUUAGGGAUAUGUAUUGUUGAUCCAUCAGGCUGCUGCUUUUAGUUUUAGCUAGAAUGUUUCAAGAAACUAAUGAUGCUUUUUAUGACUUUUAUUUAAAGCUUUCAAAUUAGUCCACGCUGAAAACAUUUCACAGUGUACAGUGUAGUAAUUAAAAUAAAUAUCUGUUACAUCAAGUGUUCAAGGUUUGGAGUUGUUGCCUGUAGCUAUAUCAACCAAAUACUGUAUAUACAAAUCAUCUAAAUAUAAAAAAUCAUUUGUUAUAAUACUGUUGCAAAUGCAUUGCAUUCAAACACAUCUCAGCUUUCACAUAGAAUAAUAGCAGUCACAAUCAGAUCUAAGGUCUUUUUAUCUUUCUUUUUAUAUUUCUAUGUCACGUUACAUUAUGUUACCUCUGUAUGACAUCUUCAGAAAUAAUGCUACAAAGUCUUUGCUCUCUGUUCUAAAAUUUACUAAAGCUUUGGAGUUGUUCACUUUCUGUUAUUAAUGAAAAGCUGCUUUUUAUGUUUCAGAACAUGUUCACACUUUUCGGCAUUAAUGGAUUAUCCCUAAGCAUGUGGAUCAAAGACUAUUUAUUUAUCAGGCACAAUGAUUUGAAAACAACAACAAAAAUAA